CAUUCCACUAGAGAGGGAGAGAGAUGGGGAUGCAACGCUCAAUACUGGCGAAGGCCAAGCACGCCUGCGCCAAACUUUCAGGUGUUUAUAACAAGGGCAGCAUAAUAAAAUUGAACGAAAGGCAAGUGAUUUCAACCAAAAACCAACCCCCAUUUGACGUCUUCAUCAGCUACCGUGGAACCGAUACAAGACGGACCAUCGCCGGACUGUUGUACGAUCACCUCUACCACGUGGGGCAGCUGCGCCCAUUUCUGGACUACAAAUCCUUGUCCCCAGGCGACAACAUCAUGGACAAAAUCAGCGCCGCCGUCAAAACCUGCAGAGUGGGAUUGCCAGUUUUCUCGCCGCGGUAUUGUGAGUCUUAUUACUGCCUCUACGAGCUGGCUCUUAUGUACCGAACCAGCAAGUGUAUUGUGCCAAUUUUUUGCGAUAUGAAGCCCUCACAGCUCCGAGUUCCCAGUGAUAGAAGCUCUACGCUCCAGUGCUUCGCUUGGGCCCUUGAUGAAGCUAAGGAGACUGUUGGCCUAUCUUUCGAUUCUACAAAUGGAGAUUGGUCGGAGCUGCUAACCAAUGCUUCAGAUGCAGUGAGGAAGAUGUUGGAGGCCAGUGAAUAAUGAUGAUGAUGAUCCAAAACCUUUCUUCAUAUUUGUUCAUUCGACAAGUCUAUUAGAUUUUAAUGAAACAGCAGAAAUCAUUAAGUAUACACACAGAUAGUUUGUGAUUGUGGCUCUGGGACGGAUUGCAAGGAAGAACAGAAUAAGAAAAUGGCAUGCAGCCUCCUGAUAUGGAAGGAUGAAUCGUUGUCUU